AUGAAGGGAUCAGCAGUCACAGAACUCACAGCGUGUUCAUCGUCAGCGGCUGCAGGCCUGACAAUAGGAGACACAGACACAACAGAGACGAUAUACUGGGGAGAUGGACAGGACGAAAAGAUAUACAAAUGUGCGGUGUCCGCUGGCGCUUGGACCAAAUCUACUGUCGCUGAUUUCACUCUGUUAGGAGUCCUCACGUUGAAGGACGUCGAACCCGUCAGUUUGAGCCUUUACAAAGACUCCCUGUAUUUUACCGACAAGAAACACGACGGAUUGGUUCGCUUGUCUACUUUCAUCCUCUUAUUCGACACCGUGGAAGAGGUACUGAUGACAGAUAGUACUCCUGGCGGACUUGCUGUGUAUAACCGCAACAGGACAUCAGCGUCUGGAGCAAAUGGAUGUUCGGUCGACAAUGGCGGGUGUCUUCACUUCUGUUUGCCUACGUCGCGUAGUGAACGAAUCUGUCGCUGCGCAGACAGCAAAUCGAGCGAAUGUUCGCCCACAAUUAUAAGCAGUCCCCACGACAUUCUCGCAUAUUAUUCAACAUCACUUACAUUGCGUUGCGAGGUGAAUAGCAAAGGAUUUGAGACAAAGGUGGAACUACUGAAAGAAGGCACCAAAGUAAUAUCUGAAACGACAGUGAAGUCACUCGACAGUCAAUCCAUGGAGAUAGAUGCAUAUUUUACUAUUGCGUCAAUCUCGUACGAGAACAGUGGUUCGUACAGCUGUAGAGCGAGCAACGAGCAUGGGAGCUUUAUCUCAACAAACUGGACAAUUAAUGUGGUAGCGCCACCUUCGCAAGGCAGUACGUCUCCCACAGUCACCACGUCUGUUUCGGGAUCGAUCGAGAAAGGCAGUAUAUCUGCUACUGCUUCGGAAAAAUACGGGAAAAGCAAUCCAUCUGCCACUACUAGUUUUGUUGGUGUAGAAGAAUCUGGGAAAAGCAGUUCUUCUGCAACUGUUCCUGCUGUUGUUUCAGUUGUUGUUGUUGUUAUUAUCGCAGUUGUUGUUGUUGUUGUCGUCGUCGUUCUGGUAAAACACCGCCGAAACUUAGUCCGUGAAGAGAGUGUCAGCUACGACGUUCCGAAAGCUGAGACAUUCUUCAAUCCAAUGAAUGAUCAGAAUGAGGUGGCUCCACCAUCGUACGAUCACUUGCAAGAGAUUGGUGAGACGGUAUCACAGAAAAGUGAUGAUUCUUCGGGUCCGACGUACGCCAAGGCGGCCGAUCUGAAACCGCCUCCGUACGAACCUUGACGAGUCGAAUGAAGAAAAGUUUAGGGCUAGGUUUGACUGCAUGCAUGGUUUCGAAGAAUAAUGCAAUUGUAAUUAGGUUGAUUUAUAAGUAUCCAUAGAAGUACGUCAUAUAUGCACCGUAGAAAAGUGUGUAGACAACAACAAAUUGAGUUUUGUUUUUGCUUUGUUGGCACUUGAACGUAGAUACUAGC